AUGGCAGUGAGAGGCUUUUCAUUUUUUGGGAAAUCUCUAAGCAGGGUUGCAGGUGAAAAGUGCUGCCCAUAUGGCCAAAAUGGACAACCCUUAUCUAAAGAAUAUAUUAUAGAAUUUCUUAAAAACUCUGGCGAGCAGCUUAAAUACUGAAGGCCAAAUGAAAACUUCACAAUGCUUACACACUCAUGGUAUUUUAAAAACUAUCUUCAAGCUGCAGGAUUUGUACUUGAAGUGGCUAAACUGGACUCAAAUAAUAUCCUAAAACAAACGCCAAACAUGUACAUCAUGAAAAAAGAAGUCUUAAGAAUCGAGCUCACAACUACAGUACUUGGCGGAUUAAGCCAUGCUGAUCUAUCACUUGCUGCCCAAAUAUCGCUGCUUCCUGGCAAAGAAUAUAGCUUAACUCCUAUUUUUGAUGAGAAGAAUUUCAGAAGAGAGCUUAGGAUGCAAAUGCUUGAGAAUAAAAAUUAA